CGCCCAUGUCCUCCGCGCCGCUGCGCUCGCCCACCCCGCGGCCCCACAGGAUGAAGAAGGACGAGUCGUUCCUGGGCAAGCUCGGCGGCACGCUGGCGAGGAAGAAGAAGGCCAAGGAGGUGAGCGACCUGCAGGAAGAAGGCAGACAUGCCAUCAACUCGCCGAUGUCCCCCGCCUCGGCGGAUGUCCACCCCGAAGACACGCUGUUAGAGGAGAACGAGGAGCGUAUGAUGAUCGACCCCACCUCCAAGGAUGACCCCAAGUUCAAGGAGCUGGUCAAGGUUCUCAUCGACUGGAUCAACGACGUCCUGGUGGAGGAGAGAAUCAUCGUGAAGCAGCUGGAGGAGGACCUUUACGACGGGCAGGUGCUCCAGAAGCUCUUGGAGAAGCUGGCGGGCUACAAGCUGAACGUGGCUGAGGUGACACAGUCCGAGAUCGGGCAGAAGCAGAAGCUGCAGACGGUGCUCGAAGCCGUGCACGGCCUGCUGCGGCCCCACGGCCGGGCGCUCCAGUGGACCGUUGACUCAAUCCACGGGAAGAACCUGGUGGCCAUCCUGCACCUGCUCGUGGCCCUGGCCAUGCACUUCCGGGCCCCGAUCCGCCUCCCCGAGCACGUGUCCGUGCAAGUGGUGGUCGUGCGGAAGCGAGAAGGCCUGCUGCACUCCAGCCACGUCAUGGAGGAGCUGACCACAACAACAGAGAUGAUGAUGGGUCGCUUCGAGCGGGACGCCUUCGACACCCUCUUUGACCACGCCCCGGACAAGCUCAGCGUGGUGAAGAAGUCUCUCAUCACGUUUGUGAACAAGCACUUGAACAAGCUGAACUUGGAGGUGACGGAACUGGAGACCCAGUUUGCAGAUGGCGUCUACCUGGUUCUGCUCAUGGGCCUUCUGGAGGACUACUUCGUCCCCCUGCACAACUUCUACCUGACGCCGGACAGCUUCGACCAGAAGGUCCACAACGUGGCGUUUGCCUUUGAGCUGAUGCUGGACGGAGGACUCAAGACCCCCAAGGCUCGCCCUGAAGAUGUGGUGAACCUGGAUCUCAAGUCCACGCUAAGGGUCCUGUACAACCUGUUCACCAAGUACAAGGACCUAGAGUGAGAGCGGCGAGCGGAGGGGAUUCCACAGGGCGGGGAGGCCGGCCCGCCGAGGUUCCCACCCCCUCCCCAACACCGCCCGUCCUCCUCUGGCUGUGGCUUUUCAGCUCCCUCGUGUCAUGCACAGUGGGCAGGAUCCUUUGAAAGGCAGGGUUCUGUACCCCAUUGCUGGUGUGUGGCCCCACCAGUGCUGAGACAUUGAUCCCUACCCCCGCCCCAACACACAGUCCCCUCUGCCCGUGGUAGGGGGAGGGGCGCGCCCUGCAGGCCUUUCCAUGGAGCAGUUCACGGCCACAGGCGAUCCGAACGGCACCGACAGCUCCAUGGGAGCCGGGAGUCAGUCUGGCUAUGGCGGAGGGCUCUCCUGGGAAGCCAGGCCUUUUUUAGUAGAAAGCGUUUUGUAGAUUUAAAAACUUCCCUCUAACGUCCCAGAGGCCUUUGAUGGGACAGGAGGGCCACCCACGUUCCUCUUCUUGACCAGCCAGUGUUCCUCACUUACAUUUUGCACAGACAUCCAAGACCCGGGUGACCCUCAGUGUGUUUGGGAGUCGAUGCAUUUUUAAGCCUUUAGAAAGCGGGGUCUCUCAGUUUGCGGGGGCCGCCAUCACAGAGCGCCACAGGCGGGGGCUUAGACAACAGGAACGGACAGUUCCCUAGCUCCCAGGCCGGAAAUCCAGCAUCAAGGCAGGGCUGGCCCCUCCCAAGGGCCCUCUCCUGGCUUGCCGAUGGCUGUCCCUUCCCGGGGUCCCCACGUGGUCCUGCCUCUGCACCUGUCUGCGGCCUCACCUCUCCUUACAAGGACACCCGUCCUAAUGGAUGAGAGCCGCCCCUGUGACCUCAUUGUACCAUACUGAUCUCUGCAAAGACCCAUCUCCAAAUACAGAGGCAUUCUGGGCACUCGGGCUCAGAGCUUCAACAUACGGAUUCUGGGGGACACAGUUCAGGCCUUAUGGGGGGGGGGACAUGAAGAAUUCAUCCCCCUCCCCAGUGUGGCUUUCUGGAACCCUGCUGGCAUCUCCCUAUGGGCACCCUUGAAAUGGAAGCCGUUCGCCCCUCCCCCGCUCCCCUUGGCUCCAGAGAAAUGGGGGGCCUUUUGCUGGGGGGUGUCUGCCCUGUGUGACCCCACCCACAGGGUCCCUCCACACUGCAGCCUCCUUCUAGGCCCCAGCAUCAGCUACCAAGCAGGAUAGGCCUCUUUCAUCUUCGAUUUUCACCUUCCUGUUGUCGAUCUGAGCGGUUGCCCCUGUUGUUAAUAUUAAGUCGGACACCGGCGCUCAUGACUCAGGAAACGCCAGCCUUGCCCGUCUCCGCUCUGCCCCUGCGAGGCUGGCGGUAGUUUCCGAAGAGCCGUUCUGACGGAGGUGGUUUCCCAGCAGGAGAAAGAAAUAACUAAAACAGUAUCACGGUGUCUCCUGUGGGCUGCGGCGGCAUUAAAGGGCCACACCGACAGAAGAGCGAGGGCUGGAAUGUUCCGUGCCGACUUCAUCACACGCACAGGAUCCCAGCCGGCUGCCGGAGCCGCGGAGCCCGGUCCCCCUGCUGUCACAGGCGGGCCUGGCGGGGCUGUGCCCAACCCUGGAUGACCCCUGGGGCUGAAGGAGGGGAGACUGGCAUUUGGAAAGAACUCAGUCUUGGGGGGGUUCAGCACAGGAGGGGAAGUUCCAGCAGGGUCCACGCCUGGAGGGGGAGGCAGUGGUCCUGGGGGGCAGGGAGCAUGUGUCAAGCCCUCUGUAUUUCUGGUCGCAGAGUAAAAGGGAUCCCAAGACACAGGCCACCUGUGAGCAGGUGCGUUUGUCCAGGCCGACUGUCCAAGCCCAAGGUUCCAGCAAAGCGGGUGAUCUGUUGUCCAAACUGCCUUUAUUCACGUUAGUUCCUUGAGCUCUACACAUCUCAUUCCCCUCCCCCGCCUUCACUGUCCGCUCUGAAUCAGAGUUCAGCGCCAGGCCUAGGCCUUCGCAUGUGGAGGCGGAGGGCGGGGUCAAUGCUGGAGGUGGCCUCUCCUCCUGGGAUCAGCCACCCCCCACCCCGGCUUAGUGACCAUAGCUGUGAGUUGUGGGCUCUGUGAUGCUGGGGCGUUUUCUUGGGGAAACUUGUGCAGCAGAAGCCGCUUUCCUUAAUCUCAGAAAGUUCUAGAAUCCUUCCUCCUUGAUUGGCCCACCUUUCCAGUGCUUUGUUUUUCGGUUGGGUGGGGACCCUCCCCAUGUAAGCAGAAGUGAGAUCAUUUGCAUCUGAGCGGCCGUGGCUAGGGGUCUGCGGGGCCCGAGUGAGGGCCCAGGCCAGGGUCAUGAGAUGGUCUCCUUUUAUCCUUCUUGGAGUGGCUGUUUGGGUCCCCCGCCAGCCAAGGGGUCUUCUGCACGCGGAGCCCUAAUGUCCUCACUGGAUGUGAUAAACAGCUGUGUUUUAUAGGCACUGAAUGCUUUUCUCACCCCCUUUUGCAUGCCCGUGUUUCAUUGUGUUUAUAACUGUUCUAAGUAGUGUCGCUUUUGGACGUUGGAUGUCGAAUAAAAGUUGCUAAACCCCGGGCUGUGUUGCCAGCACCGCUCUCCUGGCUCCUCCGCUUUGCUGUGGGCCCUGCCGUGAACCUGACCUCCCGGAAGCCAGAGCCUGGGGCCGGGAAAUGCCGGGCGGGACCGGCCACGUGCUCUUACUUAUUCCAAUAAAGACCUGAGAGCGUGGGCCAUGCGCUGCCUCUGUCUGGUUCUGCUUCCACGCACUUCGUGGCCUCUGGU